AUGGUGCCAGUGGAAAAGGACGUGCCCGAGGAAAAAACUUUACCAAAGAAGAACACAAACUUGAACAAGUUCCAGCACGACCUCCUGGUGCGAGAUGAUGAUGAGCACCCAUUUGAUCACGACUUGAGUUUGACCAUCGCCGCGCUGGGCACCCUGGGCGACGUGGAGACCUGGAGUGACACCGAGGUGGUCUUUAUCACCCGAAAGUUGACGCUGAACGUGGCCAAAGUGGACUUGAUGGUGAAUCUCAUCAGCGCCAAGCACAAGUGCGGUAGCGGUCCCGACCCACACCCGGGCACCACCACCACCACGACCAUGGGGCAGAACAUCACCCUGCUGGUGGCUCCUGUGGUGAAGAAGGUCACCUCUGAGGACUGCGAACAUCGCGCCUUCCGGGCCUACGUCACGCCCAACGUCACGGCGGUGUCGUCGUUGGUGGGAAACCUGGGAGAUAUCAUCACCUUCACCGUGAGCAUGCCGGCUGGCUACAUCGCCAACGUAGGCAAAAAUUCCGGGCCCGGGGAGAGCGAUGGAAUGCGCCGUUUGAGGCAAUGGUUCUGUGUCAGUGCUUCUGGGCACUCAUGUGCCGAUGCUCAGUCCUGA